AUGCCGUACGCGGUUCGGGCCACUAGACUGGCCCAGGUGGAACACCUGAGCGUGCAGGCAGGACUGAGGCAUCAGAUCCACCCGUGGCUGAGGAAAGGAGAUCUCGGGGCCGGCACCUUCAGCCGGGUCAAGGUGACCACCAUCGCCGACCCGGCAAAAGCCCUAUCCGUGCUCCUGGCCAAGGGCGCAAUCGAGGUGGUGGACCCCCUGGCACAGCCCACUCAACAAUAUGCUCAGCACAGCAGAGCUCCUUCGUGGCAUCUCCAGAGGAGACUGGUUCACGCUAUGCAAGACACCGCUCGCCUUCUCUCUCAUGUGGCCCGGUGGGGCCUCAGAGUGAACAGGGAGAAGUGCUCUCUGAGCCCUUCUCAGGGCAUAACCUUCAUCGAUGUAGCUCUGGAUUCAGCCACUAUGAUGGCCUGUCCGUCGUGCCAGCGUGUGGACGACAUCCUCCUCAAUCUUUCCCUCUUCCGAGGGGGCAGGCGGUUGCCCUACAUCCUCUUUCUUCGCAAAUUGACAGCUGCCUCAGCUGUCGUUCCCCUGGGCUUGCUGUCACUGCGCCCCUUGCAGAGAUGGCUGAACAGCCUUUGUUUGGAUGCCAGGUGCCACAGGCACAGGAGGGUAGAGGUGUCACAGCAGUGCCUUCUGGCUCUAUCACCAUGGAGGAAGAGGGCAUACCUAUCGGGGGGCGUCCCCAUGGUCCUAUCCCGGCGGGAAGUCAUCACAACAGAUGCCUGCCUCUCAGGCUGGGGUGCGGUAUGGCAGAACAGGACUGCUCGGGGUCAGUGGUCCACUCGGGACCGCAUCGAGCAUAUCAAUGUCCUGGAGCUACGUGCCGUGCACCUAGCGCUCAAACAUUUCCUGCCGUACCUAGCAGGAAAACAUGUACUUGUUCUGUCGGACAACACCCCGACCGUAUUUCACAUAAACACCAGGUCUGCAAAGCUGCUACGGGCGGCGCGUGCCCUCCUGACCUGGGCGGCCCCUCGCCUGACCAGCCUUCGGGCGAUGCAUCUACCAGGGGAACAGAACCAGGUCGCAGAUUCCCUCUCCCGUUUCAAGCCCCCAUCGGGGGAGUGGCAGCUUCAUCCAGAGGUGGUGUACAGCAUCUGGGGUCUCUUUGGCAGGGCAAAGGUGGAUCUCUUUGCCUCAGAGAGGUCAACCCACUGCCCCCACUGGGUCUCCUUGAUGGAGAGGACCAGUCCUCUAGGUCAAGAUGCCCUGGCCCACACAUGGCCAGAGGGCCUUCUUUAUGCUUUCCCUCCAUUUCCCCUGAUCUUGCCAACGCUUCUCAGGGUCCUUCAACAGGGCCACAGUCUUUUGCUGGUGGCCCCGUUGUGGCCAGCCAGGACUUGGUUUCCCCUGUUGCGCAGACUCUGCCGCGGGACGCCAUGGCGCCUCCCCGACAGGAGGGACCUCCUAUCGCAGCUAGAGGGUCGGAUCUGGCAUCCCGACCCCAGCAGCCUUUGUCUGUGGGUCUGGCCGUUGCAGGGCCCGAUUGGCUGCUGA